CAAAACGUAAAUUUUGUCCUAAACGGCCCCUCAUACUUUUCUCUGUUUCCUCACAAGUUAAAAUGUCUGGUUUCUUCAUUUGCAUUUCUUGUUACGUUCCAAAACUUUGCGCAUAUUGCAGGAAAUAUCUAGAAGCAGGUCUGUUGCAGUGAACCAGAACACAGUGAAAUUAAUUAUUGUGUAAAGGUAAAGAGUAAUACCCAAUCUAAAUAGACCGAUACAGUCUUGUGAAAAAAAAGCAUGUGUCCAAAUUUCUCCUCAAACCAUAAUUCAGGAAACGGCUGCCUCAACAGACCAGGAAGAAUACCAGUAUGAGGUGACAGUCACUGAGGGUCUUCAGGAAGCUUUACUUAGAAAAACAGAAAAUAUAGUAUCUACUCAGGUUUUCAUGUAAAUCACUGACACAAAUUGCUGCACCAUUCUCAGAUAAAGCUCAAGUUUUAAUUGAGAAGCAGUACAAUUGUAGAGACCAAGAUUUCUUGUCUUUAUCUGGGGUAUAAGCACGGUAGUGACGUGGAAUGUUAAGUUUCAGUUUUGCUUUUGCGUUGUCGCGAAUGUUUGGUGUAACAAACAUUUAGUCCCAAACUAAACAUUUCUCUUUGUUUAGUCUGGGACAUUUCAGCGAUCCGAAGCCACUGAAGCCUGUCGUGAAACUUGUGAUCCUGUGAUGUUAGACGGGAAGGCUUGGAACCGAGCUUGCUUCCACCUUUUGGUGUUUGCAUUAUGUGGAGUCAUGGCUCACUGCCAGUCUCAAAGCAAAGGCUUUUCAAAGCAGCAGACUCUCUUUUUGGUUGGAAAAACUGGCUCUGGAAAGAGUGCAUCAGGAAACACCAUCUUGGGCCGCUCUGUGUUUAGAGAAGACGCCUCGGCUGAGUCGGUGACAAAAACCUGUGAGAGACGAGAGCGACUGGAAGGAGACAGGAACAUCGUGGUGAUCGACUCCCCGGGAAUAUUUGACACAGAUAAAACACAAGUACAACUCAAAGAAGACAUUGAGCAGUGUGUUAAGCUGUCAGUUCCUGGACCUCAUGCUUUUCUGUUAGUGAUCAACUUAAAGUCGAGAUUCACAAAAGAGGAAAAGGACACUGUGAAGUGGAUCCAGGAUAACUUUGGCUCUGCUGCUGCUACUUACACCAUAGUCCUGUUCACUCAUACCGACUUGUUGAGAGGUAAGUCUGUUGAGGACUAUGUGGCAGAAAGCAAACAACUACAAACUCUAAUACAGCAGUGUGGAGGAAGAUACCACUCGUUAAUCAAUGGGCAGAGUUCAGACAGAAAACAGGUAACAGAACUUCUGGAUAAAAUAGAUGAAAUGGUUCAAAUAAAUGGGGGAGACCAUUACACCAACAGUAUGUACAAAGACGCCCAGAGGAAACUGGAGGAGGAAGAGGUAAGAGCAUGGUGGGAGGAAGAAGAGAGAAAAAGACAGUCAGAGAGGGAAAGGUGUAAAAAUGAAUAUGAAAGAGAGAGACAGAAGGAUAGAGAGAAGAGGGAGAGAGAUGAAAAGUUCAGUUUUUGGUGUAAACUAUUAAGUCUUACUGCCAAGGGUUUGAUGAUGACAAACUAUUUCUACCUUGUGAAAAUAGGAGGUGCUGUUGGUUUCUUCGUUGCUGACUGUGAACUCAUAGGCUCUGUAUUUUCUUAAAGCAGUAGAAAAUGUGUCUAAAUGAACCAAUAUAUAUUGAUCACUAAACACAACGGUGCAUGUUUAACAGUAAUCGAGCUGGUAACACUGGUAUCUGACGAUAUCUAAUUUACAGAAUACAGACACAUAAAAUCCACCCCUUGCAUGUGUAUUGUCAAUAUGAACAAUUCAGGCUCUGUGUUUUGGGUUUUUCCUUCUUAGUUGUUCAUUUUUAAUUAAUAUUAUUUUGUGCAUAUGAACACAAGUUUCAUCAACGUUACACAGCACUGCUCUUAGUUAUCCUGACACAACUCAUGCAGUUUAUGCUCUUCAUCUCAGUCAGAAAUGUGCCAAACUUGUCACUAAACUGGUGAACAUGUUUCAGUCUCUGCAGAACUGUUUAUUUAUAAUUUCUUAAUUUUUUAAAAAUCUGACCACCGUUGUAAUCUUUUGCUAUCGUCUCUAUGAGUAAUUGAUAAAAUUAUAACAUUUCAUGUGAGAAAUUUUACACAUGAAAGCUGAAAAUAAUAUUACAUUUGUAUCAAGUGGCUUCCUAAAAAUGGGGUAAAUUUCUGCUUAGCAACAACUUCCAAAAACAAUGUACUAUUUUCUUUCAAUGCAUUUGUUUCUUUCCAUUUUAUGGGUUUAAUCAGAAAGUUGCAUGGGAUGGUUGCUUUGUUUUGAAAGGUUUGAAAUGAUUUGUAUAAUUUCGCUGGAUUUGGUGUAAUACAAACCUCUGUUUAAAUAAACG